CAACAGCUUUAAAUAGUGGUUAAGCUCCGGUGUGGUCAUAGCAUAAGUGAACUAUCUGGAUUAUCGAUACCCGUAUUCACUCGAAAGUUUUAGGCAUCCCUAGUCGUUAUCGAGUUUCUUCGGCAAACAUCUGUUUUGUGAAAAAAAGCGUAGAGAUAUAUAUUUUCUUUCAAUUAGUUUUAUUUAAUAGCAAAUCCGUGCAAACUUAUUGAAAAAUGUCGGAUAGUGAUUCAGAAAGUCAUAAAAAAUGUGCUAAACAUAGCAGUGUGAAAUUUGUUACAAAACAAACCAGCGAAAUAGCAGAUAUGAGGCCUGAAGAUAUGUGCGGUUACAUUUCAGAACUUCAUGAGCUGCUUCUAAAAAAAGACAAAAAAAUCAAGAAAUAUAAAGAUAAAUAUAAAGAAUUGCUAAAACAACUCAAAGGCGAGCAAAUUAAAGCCAACUGCGACACUGAAAAAACGGUUGCUGCUGCUGCUACAAGUGAUAAGGUUGAAAACCCAACGUCAUCGCUGGAAGUUAGUAAACAAACAGAAGAAGUAGAUAAUGCCGGUACUGUUGACAGUUUUGUUGAUGAAAUACGUCAGGCAGCCGAACAGGCACAGAAUUUGAAUGGCUUUGUCUAUGAGCCCACCUCUGGGCUGUAUUAUGAUCAAAAGACUGGCUACUAUUAUAAUGCGGAAUAUGGUCUCUAUUAUGAUGGCAACAGCGGCUGUUAUUACAAAUACAAUCAAGAAAAAAAUGCAACACCGCCAACGAUAAUGAUGUGUUAACGAAUUAUGAUGAUAUUGAUGUGGACGAGAUGGUCGAGUUCGAUGAGUUUGGUGGCGUUAUAGCCGAUCUGGAGCGAUUGCGCAAAAUCAAAGAUGAGCGUCGUAAGGAGCAGGAGGAGGAACGUGCAUGGCGCAAAAAGAAGAAAUCCAAAAGUCUUAAAGAGACAAAGAGUGUUAAAUCGCCGAAACGCAAGCAUAAGUCGAAAAAACGUAAGCGUUCUCGUAAGCAUGCGCGCUCAUCGUCUGCUUCGUCUGACAGCGAGAGCGGAGAGAGCUAUGAUAAGAAAUCGGCAUCAACUAAGCGCGCACGUAAUAAGUCCUGCGAUAUUGAGGACGGUGAAUUAACUGACUGUAGCAGCAGUGAGAGCGAUAUCGAUAGUGAGGAUAGCAAAUGGGCUAGUGGAAAGGAGGGCAAGAGCGCUGCGACCUUUUCUGGCGGUGGUCGCUUACAAGAUAUAGCCAAAAAGUAUCCGCCCUCGCUGCGCGUUAUUGUGCAGGAAAGUAAUUUAGAAGGCCUGAAGGUUGGUAAUCUUAGCCUCAUUACCUACAAAGGUGGCAGUUUGGGGCGUGAAGGCAAUCAUGAUGUCGUAAUACCGGACGUGAAUGUGUCCAAGCUACACAUGAAAUUUCACUACGACCACAAAGAGGCUGUUUACAAAUGCAUCGAUUUGGGUUCACGCAAUGGCACCGUAUUGAAUGGCGUACGCAUGUCUGCCUCCAAACGAGAGAGCUCCGAGUAUGAUUUGGUGCAUGGUAGCGUUCUACAAAUCGGCCAAACGAAGCUAUUAUGCCACGUGCAUGAAGGCAACAGCACAUGUGGCUUGUGUGAGCCGGGUUUGCUGAUCGAGUCG